CUGAGAGCGCCAUGGACAGCCUGAUGUGUCAGGAUCUUCUGGGCAGACCCAUGCGGAUCAUGUUCUCCCAGCGUGAUUCCACUCUGAGGACGACUGGGGUCGGGAACAUCUUCAUCAAGGGUCUGGCCAGCAGCAUCGAUGGUGCCAGCCUUUAUGACAGCUUCUCAAUUUUUGGGAAGAUCCUGUCCUGCAAGGUGGUCUGCUAUGCACAUGGAUCCAAAGGUUAUGGAUUCGUCCACUUUGCCACCUUUGAAGCGGCAGAGAAGGCCAUCAAAGCGCUUGAUGGCAUGUUGUUGGACGACCAGCUAGUGUCCAUUGGCCACUUUAAAACCUUUCAAGAGCGUCAUGUUGAGCAGCAGGUCAUGGCUCAGGACAACGAGAGGCACUACCCGGGGUUGAGUCUGUACGUGUGUAACCUGCCCUAUAGCUUCAGUGAGCAGCAGCUGUACAGAGCGUUUUCACCCUUUGGAAGCAUCAUCAGGCCGGACGCAGCCGAGGCUUUGGAUUCGUCAGCUUCUCCACCCUCAACGAUGCGACCACGGCCGCGUCUGUCAUGA